AUGACAAAUAGUUCGGAAGAAGUGACAUUUGAAGAUUUAGAAGCUACAGAUGUAAUCAGUGUAGAACUUGUCCCAGAACGCAAGGGGUUGAUAUUGAAACAUUGUGAAUAUUAUGUAAGUUCAAGAAGACAUGGAACUACUGUCACUAGGAGAUAUAAUGAAUUUGUUCAACUGUGUGACGUGUUUUUUGCCAAAUAUCCAUACAGAGCUGUAUGCCGUUUGCCGCCUAAACGGGUCGUAGUUGGCGGUGGUAGUCCAGUGUUUCUUCAGCGACGUCGUGCAGCACUACAGCGCUGGUUGACCCUAGUAGCUAGACAUCCAGUACUAGCGCAUGACGCGGAUUUACGAACAUUUCUUUGUGAAUCUUCUGCGCGUUUGGAAAAGCCGAAGCACGAUGAAUUUGUCUUGGCCGGCACACAGGAUGAUUCUCCUAGACAAAUGUCGAUGGAUGAAAUGCAGGCAGCUUUCGUAUCAGAGCAGGAGCAGCUACGGUUGGUGCAGCUAGGACUAAGCAGAUUAUUUAAAAUAUUUGAAAGAGUGGAGGGUCGGUGUGAAGCGGAACGCGCUGAUAUCCGAGAGUUGGGGGCUGGUCUCAGUGCUCUCAGCUCGCCCUCGCCAGCGGACUCCCCACGUUGGCUUGCGGUCAGGCAGUCUAUGAAGUCCGCAGCCGAAUUAGCUACAGCGAUGGGGGAAUCGUCAGAAGAAGAAGUGGACUAUGAAGAUGGCGCCGGUGGCAAAGUUCUAUUGGCGUUGGACGCAUUGGGAGCCUAUAGGGAGUUGUGCGGUCGGCUGACGCGUGGGCUGCACGGGGAGCGUGCAGCGGCCGCGGCUGCAGCACCGCACUCCGCCGCCGCGCAGCUGCUGCGUCGCCGUCACGGCUACGCGCUCGCCUGCUCCAUAGAGGAGAGCCGCGUGGCGCGCGCGUACUCGCUGGCGGCGCUGCAGUCGCUGCACGCGCUGCUGCGCACGCUGGGCGCCGCGCACGCGCGCACCGCCGCGCUCUGGGCCGACCUGCACGCCGCGCUGCGUCACUAG